CCUCCACGUCUCUGCCGCACCGCGAGCCGCCAAUCACACGGAGAGCAGGUGAAGGAAUCAUUCGAGGAAGUAUGAGUGGGCAGCACUGAAGACAACGGAUGUAUUGACAACGGUACCCAGCGAGGAUUGUGAAUAUAUGCAGGAAAUAAAACCUCACACGAAUUGAAAACAACGGCAAGUUCUUAAAAAGUCUCGAAUGGUUGAAACUGUCAGUUGUGAGGAAAGGUGACAGUCGCAGGGACACACGGCUGCAGAGUGUUGGCAAUCCUGAGUGAGUUACGGUAUCAAUCCCAAUUGAAGGUUCAAGUCCUCACUCAGUCUUGGGUAAAGAUCAAGAUCCAGGUGAAGAUUUUGGUUCCAGGAUAAAGUGCCAGUCCGGCGAAACAAAGCUGUAAAGUGCCUGCCCUCCUGGAUUAAAGGUGUCAAUCUCAGGCUGAAGCUGUCUGAUCAAUUCAAGGGGGUUUCAGAUUCUGUCAACUGUAUCGUUUUGAGUUUAAUGGAAGUGGAAACUUUACCUAAUUCACAAAAACUAGCCACAGAAGUUGAAAGCAUUCUUAUUAAUUACUACAGCAUUGGAAAGGAUGAAUGGAGAGUUGCAAAGGAAACAAAUGAUGUAACUGUUUGGCAGAAGCCCUCGGAGGAAUUUGGGGGAUUUCUCUAUAAAACUCAAGGAAUUGUGAAAGAGACUCCCAACAGAAUAGUGGAUUUCAUUCGGCCUGGCCCAUGUAGAUUAGCCUGGGACAGCCUGAUGACUUCCAUGGACAUUGUUGGGGAAUUUGAACAGCAGGGUUGUUGUUUGAUGCAAUACACCACAGCAGGACAAUUGUGGAAUGUGAUUGCCCCAAGAGAAUUCAUUGACUUCUCCUACACCACAGAUUACCAGGAUGGGUUGCUAACUUGUGGAGUCAGCGUUGAAUACGGGGAGAAACAAGACAGUUUUGUUCGUGGAUUUAAUCACCCAUGUGGAUGGUUUUGCAUUCCCUUGAAGAGUGACCCAGACCACAGCCUCUUGACUGGUUUUAUUCAGACUGACUUAAGAGGAAUGUUGCCACAAACAUUAGUGAACACUGCAAUGGGAAAUACAUUAGUUAAUUUCUAUAAUGACCUCCGAAAUGCUUUAAAAACUUAAGUCUGGGAUAAAAUAAUAACCAUAGAUGACCCCUUUUAAAAGAUACAUGUAACUCCUUAAUAUGUUGCUAUUCCAUUCUAUUGUGUUAGAGCUCAGGUUGGCAUUAAGUGUAAUAUUUAUUGGCAGUAGCCAGGCUUAUUGUAGAUCCCGUGAUGUAAUAUCCCUGACCCACGGUGCGAGUUCAUUCCAAGAACUCUCCUGAGUUAAAAAAAAAAAUCAAACUCGUGGUUAGCAUGGAGAAUGAACGUAGCGGGUACGUCUGAGCUUGCUGACGUCUCUUAGCGUUAACGGCAGGUACUCGGGAAGACUAGCUAACGGCAGGUAAGCACGGGACGACUCGUGAAGAUUUUUCAACAUGAUGCAAAAUGUCCACGAGAGCCCCGAGUACCGACGAGUGGCCAUGACCGUAAAUCUCCGAGUUCGAAUCAGGGCAAACUCAGGAGAACUCUUGGAAUGAACUCGUACUGUGGGACAGGGGUUUAAGUUUAGUAAGUUUUAAGUUUAAAUACAAUAUGACAACUUCAACGUAAAGCUAUCAGUAACAAUGAGCUCAGUCUGAAGAAGGGUCGCGACCCGAAAUGUCCAUUCCUUCUCUCCAGAGAUGCUGCCUCGCCCGCUGAGUUACUCCAGCAUUUUGUAUCUACCUUCGAUUUAAACCCGCAUCUGCAGUUCUUUCUUACACAGUAACAAUUAGCUAACGGAUUUUAAUCUUAAUGUGCAGCCUUAUAAUUCCAUAAUCAAUUCAUCCUGAGGUUUGUGUUCAAAUAAUUAACUAUUGUGGUUUCAAAAAAUCAGAAAGAUGGGUUUAUAUUAAUUGAUGACAAUGCUCAAACUGUAUCUCUUGAAAAUGUGCAUUCAAAUGGCACUAGUUUCAUUUGAUGCUGUGGGAGAAAGACAUUUUUGUGAAAGGACAAUGUUUUGCAAAUUGAUGUAUGAACAACAUAAUUCCUGUGCCUUUAGUUUAGAUGCACAUAAAAACUGCACUAUUUCAUGAAUUGUAGAUGGACUUACCUGCUAACUAUCCCGUAAAAGCUUUAAGCUUUUAUAUCAAAUUUCUAACCUGGAUCCACUGCUGGAAGGGGAUAGGUGACUGUAGGACUAUCACACUGCAUGUAAAAGAGAAUUGGGCAUCUGACCUUGUUGUUCAAUUGUUCAUUAUUGGAGAGGAUACCGAAGGAAAAGAUUGAAUCACUUGCAGACCUCACGUCCCUCAAAUACUCAGCCAGAAAAAUACCUCAUCUGCAAAAUGCUCAGAAAUGCAGUCCAUUGCUGCAUCAAUGUUGAAUUUGUUUUGUAAUGCAUGGCAGUCUGUGCACCAGCAGUACAUGUAUCAUCUGCCUCUUUAAGGGAAUGCAUGAAUGGACCUUGUUCCUAUAGUUAGAGCCAUAAAAGCUAUUUAAAAAUGUUUGGUAUUCACACUCCAGUAGUGUAAUGGUGAGAUCAAAUGUGUGUUAUAUUGCUGAGUGUCUUCAGUCUUGUACCUUGCCAUCUGUGGGACAUGUCAGUGUAGUAGGCAAUUGAAUUAACCUAUGAUUAGUGUAGUGCAUUAAACAUAUGUAUCAAGUGUAUGAAUUUCCAAGCCUGAUAUAAUUUUCAACAGCUCACGCAGUUUGGUGCAGCAAAACUACUUUGAACUAUUGUACAAUAGAUGAUGCCAGAUUACUCUGUGUAAUCUGUGAGGAAGCAGUUGGGUAAUAAUUAAUGUUUUUGAUCAACUAUCAGUCCAAAUGUCUUUUAAAUGUUGCUAUAGUAAGCACCAUAUUGCCUAGUGUUGCUUACUAUAAGGUCCAAGCUACUUCCAUGUGGUAAAAGUUGCCUCUCGGAGAGUUGCCAUUAAAUUUCCACUCUCACCUUAAACCUAUGUCUUCUGGUUCUCGAUUUCCCCUAAUUUGGGCAAAAUAGCCUGUGCAGUCAAUUUAUCUAUUUUAUAGACUUCAAUAAGAUCACCCCUCAACCUGCUGCAAUCUAAGGAAUAAAGUCCAAGGCUGGAAGCUUUCAGAUUUUUUCCUUUCUUCCCAUAUUUGUGUUUUUGGAAUUUUAUAAGCAAAUAUUUUGUAUAGUGCGUACUUCAGUAUGGAAUAUCUUUUGUGGCCUUUUCUAUUUCCAGGUUGUGGUAAAUUGGAAGGAAAACUGCAAUGCCUGAAUACAGGUCUCAAAACAUAAGUGGUUCACAACUGUGCAGUUCUUGUAGGAUGGCAAAUUGCUUCUAGGAUCAUCGUGGCUUUGCAUAUGCAGGGCUAACAUUGGCUACACAUUUGAAAGAUGUGUAGCCAAUAUGGAAAAUGUUGUAUGAGAUAUUUGAUUGUAUAACUAGCUUUCUGAUAUGCUAUUGCUAUCUAUUUUAUUAUGCGGGACAAUCCACAAAGUCUAGUAUCUGCUUUCUAUAUGAUCUUUUUGUACUGCCCUUUUCCUCAAGUACAUGCCCUUCCCUAUCAAAAGAGCCAUUCAUCUCCUUUAUACCCAAAAACCUCCCCCCUCCCGCUUUUAUUUUCUUGCAAAAGUAUUUUCCUCAUCUUAUCUUUAUCAAGUUAUCUUUCCCAUAACAGUUUCAAUCCUUCCAAUUUGGUUUCUGCCCCUACCAAAGAAUGCUAAAAUGGUUUCAAUCAAAGGCAAAAGUGAUGGUAUGAACUUUCCAACUUUUUUCAAUGAAUUCAAUACAUCCACAAUACUUUCAAAAAACGAUUCUACUGAACCAGCAAGUUGCCUACCAGUUUUUUUGUCAUGAAUGUCUUGCUUGCUACUGUUCUGCAAUUAAAUGCUAUGACAAACUAUGACUUGCUCUUUGAGAUAUCUGGAACUUUUAUUUAAGUAAAUGUUCAUUUAAUGUCUGGAUACAUAGUAUAUUUAAUUAUUUUAGUGCUUGAAUGAAGGUUUCUGAUUAUCAGUAUGAAUACAAUGUAACUCCAUCAUUUGAAUUAGAUUAUAAAAACAGUUUGAUUAGUUAACUGCUUUUAUUGACAUGGUAAUUAAAAAAAAAAGUUCAGUUACAUUGUUCCACACAACGUGUAAUGGCGUUCCAGUUGAAAACACUAAUAAAGAUAGAUCAUUUGCAGAA